UUUCGUUUUUCUAGUAUAAUGCAUUAUUAAAAUCGCUACUUUCGUUUUCCUAGUAUGAUACACAGGUAACCAAAGUUUGAAAAUGGCGUCAGGUGGAAAGUUUAGUAGUUCACAAAUCGACGCUUCUGACGAGUUACAUGAUUUCCCAUGUAAUCCUUGUGCAAAGGAUGGUAAAAAUACGGAGGCUUUGUUUCAGUGUAUUGACUGUAAAAUAUUUUACUGUCAAAGAUGUGUUUCAGGUCACAACAAAUUCACUGAAAACCACAACGUUGUUGACAAGUCUUCGAAACUAUUCGGACAACGUCAAAGACAACAGAGGUCAGUUUCUUCGAGUGAACUGCCGACAGAAUUAUGCGAGGAACAUCAUGGACAAGUGAUACAAAUGUUCUGUGGACAACAUAACAUGGUGUGCUGUACGAUAUGUAUUGCUGUGAAACAUAGAUCCUGUGAAGGCGUAGAAUAUAUCCCCAACAUUGCCAAAGGACUUUUGAAGAAACAGGACAAAGACAAAACUAAAACAUCUUUGGAGAAAGUUAAAGAUGAUUUGCAGAAUCUGAAGUCCAAAAUGCAAAAUGAAUUGAAGGAGCUGAAUGCCCAACGUGAUGGUAUACUUGAUGAUAUACAGAAGUUUAAGAAACGCCUUAUAGCCAAAAUUGAAGAGUUGGAGAGAAAAUCAAUAAAAGAGGUGCAGGACAAGCAUAAAGAGAUAACAGACGAAAUAACUUCCGGCAGCAAACUAGUCGAUGACAUGCUGAAAGAUAUUGAACAGCAACUCGACAAGCUUAAACAUGUGAAAAGAAACAAUGAAGCCCAGCUGUUUGUAGACAUUAAGGUGAGUGAAGAGAAGAGUUCAGCAGGAAGUAAUUGCGCCAGACAAUCUGCUGCCAGAAAGAUGAAAACUUUGGUAUUUGAGGUGAACAGAAGCAUAGAGACUUGUCUGAGUGAGGUACUCUCUAUUGGUAAACUAACACUUCGGACUGCAGAUGACGAUGUUGAUCCUAAGCAAAGUUUAUUAUAUAGAGGAACGAAACAUAGUGACAGUUUGCCUGGUAGUGGACAGACGAGACUUCAGGAUAGAGAUAAGACAUUUAAAUGUAAAAACUGUGGGAAAACUUUCCGGGGCCAGUUGGCGUUAUACGACCAUCAUUUUUUGGGGUGCUGAAAAUAACCAUGAUAUUUUAACAGACAUUCACAAGUAUAACGUUUAAAUGUUUAGACUAUUUCUAUCACUUGUCAUUUGCUCUUUCGAAGAUAAGUAGACUGAACUUUGACGAUAAAAGUGUAAAAAGGUUUCUGUUAAUCGCUACAGACUUGCAUUUGGGAAUAUUGCCACAACAGUGAUCUUUAUAUUGUUUUAAACAUGUACUAUAGCUUUCCAUGUGUUAAAUUAUGCUGGUAACUAACGAAGACUACUGAACAAAAAUAGAGUCCACGUUUUAUACAAACAUUACAUAACGAAUUUUAACAUCUCCGAUGGUUUAAUUCAAAGGAAAAUUGAAAAAAAAAAGAUACAUUAGGUAUUAUAUCAGCUGCAUGCAAAUACGACACCGCAUUAAUUUAUUGUGCGUCAUGUGUGUACAUUUUGCUGGCGUUUUGACUGGUGCGCAUGACAACAAGCACAUAAACUCUGUAAACCUACCUAGCAGAUUGUAACGGAUAAAGGAAGCGCUAAGAUCGCCAUUGUACAAAAUACUUCAUUGAUAUUUGUUAUUCAAAACAUUGGGGAUCAUUACGAAAAAUAGAUUGAUAGAUUUUCAAUGAAACUAAUCUAAAUAGAAGCUUUUUAAAGUUUGCUUGACGUCAGUUCCAAUAGUAUACGAGUGCACUUUACUGAACAUAUCCAUUCAGGCAAUGUAAUGCGUUCUUGCACACGAGACUGUUGCAAUUGCAACAUGAACUUCGCCUUGAUGUUUUUGACUGACAGGAAAAUUGAUAUCAGCGUUUCUGACUCGAUGAUUAAUAAUGCAACUCUUAAACUAGAUGAUAUUUACAACUAACAGCCUAACAGUAAUAAGCAGUUUUAUCUUUCAGGUUUAAAUGCCAUAGUUACAAUCCGAAUAUAUGUUUGCUUCGUUUUCAGUUUGGAGAAGUCCUUGCGUUCUUCGUUCUUUUCCUUUCAAGAACUUCGGUUUCCUGCUUAGAAUUUAGGCUUACGCAGCAGUGGAAACAUUUUUGAUAUGUGUAUGUAUGUAAGCUUAUUCAUAGUCGCCACCGGUAAUCAAUAUACACGACUCUUCCAGAAGACUGCUAGUAAUAUUAGUUGGAGGAUAGUGCAAGAUACAGAAGACGCUCUAAUUCCAGAAGCUUCCCUUUCGCGUGCCUGGUGUAAAGCACCCAUAAACGAGACUCUUAUUCCAAUGUCAGUUGUUUUUUAGUUGGAGGAGCGGGGGAGUCGGACUCGGACUCACGACUCUAGGUAACCACUGGGUCACUGCAUCUGCUCAUUUUUGUCAUAUAUUUCUCUAUAAUACUAUAAUGCUUUUGCCAUUGAAAGCCCAUCCGCUCGUUAUGAAUAUGCUAGAUAGCUAGACACCUGUCGGUCGAAAACACCAUGUUCCAUUAACGUAAAAACAAUUCAACAACAAUAAGUGGUUUAUCUGCCCGAACGUGUAGGCGAUCAGAUUAAAAGGACUUUGUUUUAAAAAGUGUGAAAAAUUAAAACUAGU